AUGGCCAGCGAGGAGCAGCUGCAGACCGUCAACGCGGUGGCGCACUUUGAGACGUACGAGGCCUACCUGGACUCGAUCGCCUCCUGGCAGGACAUGUUCUACCUGGAGGACCAGACGCUGGCCCGUGCCGUCGUCGAGCUCGGCUACCGCGGCACGGCUGAGUUCAUGCGCCGCAGGGAGUUCGAUGAGAAGCGCGCCGAGUACGAGGCGUCCAAGGUGAGCCGCGACGCGCGUGAGGACGCCCUGGCCUCGGACGGCCUGCUGCUGGAGGACCCGCUGCUGCGCGCGCUGGCCGACCGCGAGGCGGCCAACCGCGACGGCAGCCUCACCACCGUCAUCUUCCUGCGGAAUCUCAACGAGCGAAACCAGGAGAUCUCCGGCUACGUCGACUACGCGCAGCGGCUCAAGACGGACGACUUCUCAGAGUACUUCAGUGGCCGGGCGCGCCUGAUGCCGCGGCUCAGCGAUAUGGCCUAUUUCAACUGGAAGACGCAGCACGCGCGCUGCAACAACACGCCCAACUGGCAGGUCCUCUCAGAGAGCGUGCACGGACUGGUGUUCAAGUCGCGCCGCGACCGCAAGGUGGUGAGCGUGGACCCGCGGGUCGAGUCUCCCGGCGACAGUUCGACGCGCAGCCUGGUCUCGUCGCCCAAUUACACGCAGGUGGUGCUGUAUGACCACGUCAUCAGACAGAAAAUAUAG